GGGCGGGCGGGCGAGGGCACGGCCGGCGGACAGUUCGUAUCCCGAGGAGACCGAGAGUCCCGGGGUCGGCACAGGAGCUGGUGGUCACGGGCCUCGGCCUUUCCCCGCGACCUGGGACACCAGCCCACCGCCCCUCUCCGGGCUGGCCCGACGGGAGGCGACCCGGGUCAGGAGUGCGCAGAUCCGGCGUGACGCGGAGGGGUAGAUCCGUGACGCAGUUUCCUCCCGGAGCCCGGGGAUCCGUCUUCCCGCGGCCUCCCGCAGCGCAGCACCCUGUCAGCCCAGCGGCCUCCGGUGCUGCACUGUUGGCACGAAGGCCUUAGGACUCGGGGUUGAGGGCUGCCAGGGUCCCUGCGCUUUUCAGGCCUUAUUCGGGACACGUCGCGCGCAAUGCAUGCACCCCUUCUCAGCGGUUUCCUAGGCCCGAAUCCUAUUCUAAGAACACAGACACUCAGGUACCUACCAUGGUGUUGGAUCCUGAAGAAAAGAUGCCAGACGAUGGCGCUUCUGGAGACCAUGGAGACUCUGCCAGCCUCAGUGCCAUCAAUCCUGCCUAUAGUAACUCCUCCCUCCCUCAGUCCACUGGGGACUCUGAGGAGCCCUUCACCACCUACUUUGAUGAGAAGAUCCCCAUUCCUGAAGAGGAGUACUCCUGUUUUAGCUUUCGUAAACUCUGGGCGUUCACGGGGCCUGGCUUUCUUAUGAGCAUUGCCUACCUGGAUCCAGGAAACAUCGAAUCUGAUUUGCAGUCUGGGGCAGUGGCUGGAUUUAAGUUGCUCUGGGUGCUUCUGUUGGCUACCAUUGUGGGGCUGCUGCUCCAGCGCCUUGCAGCUAGACUUGGAGUGGUCACCGGCUUGCAUCUUGCUGAAGUGUGUCACCGUCAGUAUCCCAAGGUCCCACGGGUCAUCCUGUGGCUGAUGGUGGAGCUGGCGAUCAUUGGUUCUGAUAUGCAGGAAGUCAUCGGCUCAGCCAUCGCCAUCAAUCUCCUGUCGGCAGGAAGGGUUCCCCUGUGGGGUGGAGUUCUCAUCACCAUUGCAGACACUUUUGUCUUUCUCUUUUUGGACAAAUAUGGGUUGCGGAAGCUGGAAGCAUUUUUUGGCUUUCUCAUCACUAUUAUGGCCCUCACAUUUGGAUAUGAGUAUAUUACAGUGAAGCCCAGCCAGAGCCAAGUGCUCAGGGGCAUGUUCGUGCCAUCCUGUUCAGGCUGCAGCACUCCACAGAUUGAGCAGGCUGUGGGCAUCGUGGGAGCUGUCAUCAUGCCACACAACAUGUACCUGCAUUCCGCCUUAGUCAAGUCUAGACAGGUAAACCGGGCUAAUAAGCGGGAAGUCCGGGAAGCCAACAAGUACUUUUUCAUUGAGUCCUGCAUCGCGCUCUUUGUUUCCUUCAUCAUCAAUGUCUUUGUCGUCUCGGUCUUUGCUGAAGCAUUUUUUGGGAAAACCAACAAGCAGGUGGUUGACGUCUGUAUGAAUAGCAGCAGCCCCCACACUGGCCUCUUUCCUAAUGACAACUCAACUCUAGCUGUGGACAUCUACAAAGGGGGUGUUGUGCUUGGAUGUUAUUUUGGGCCUGCGGCACUCUACAUCUGGGCAGUGGGGAUCCUGGCUGCAGGACAGAGCUCCACCAUGACAGGAACCUAUUCCGGCCAGUUUGUUAUGGAGGGAUUCCUGAACCUAAGAUGGUCACGUUUUGCCCGAGUGAUUCUGACACGCUCUAUUGCCAUCAUCCCCACUCUCCUUGUUGCUGUCUUCCAAGAUGUAGAGCAUCUAACAGGGAUGAAUGACUUCCUGAAUGUUCUGCAGAGCUUACAGCUUCCCUUCGCUCUCAUACCCAUCCUCACCUUUACCAGCCUGCGGCCAGUGAUGAAUGAGUUCUCCAAUGGAAUAGGCUGGAGGAUCGCUGGUGGGAUUUUGGUCCUUAUCGUCUGCUCCAUCAACAUGUACUUUGUAGUGGUUUAUGUCCAGGACCUAGGGCACUUGGCACUGUAUGUGGUCGCUGCGGUGAUCAGCGUGGCUUACCUGAGCUUUGUCUUCUACCUGGGUUGGCAAUGUUUGAUUGCCUUGGGCCUGUCUUUCCUGGACUGUGGUCACACGUGUCACCUGGGAUUGACAGCUCAGCCUGAACUCUACCUGCUGAACACCGUGGACGCUGACUUACUUGUGUCCAGAUGACAAACAGCCCGAGAAACUUUAAGAAUGCUUUUUCUCAGCCCUUUUGUGCCAAGUGUCUGUUAGCAAAUCUCUGUUAGUUCAGAGGUGAGUUUGUUCAGAUGUUUUGAACAAAGGCAGAGAUUUCCUCAUGCGAUCCGGGGUAAAAGCUACGAGCUGCGCAUGGGUCUGAGCCCCGCUUGCCUCCAGCAGUCAGACAGUAGGGAGUGGUAAACAGUGGGCCUGGGCAGCCGUGCUUCCCACAGGCUCGUGCCUGCACUUCUGGGAAUUAAAAAUGUAUGAAGAUGUAUUUAUGUAAACCCGAACAUGCCAGUUUGGGUAAGAUUUUAAGGUUAUAAAAACUGAUAGAUUUUUUAAAAAAAUGUUCAGGUAAAUUAGGUAUUUGUUUUUAUCUGGAUCAUAAGUAAGAAAGGGAAUGAAUUUUUUUACAUUGGACUUUCUACAUUAACGAUCUUUUAAAGUGCUAUUUUACUGCC